AAAAACAAAGUUUAAGAAAGCUUAAAGUGUAUCAUGUAGGCUUUUCGACUGCUAUCUACGAUAUUUCUACCCAUAUGUAUGGUCCCCCAUAUGGUUUUCACAGCUUUGAUGUGUAUGACUUGGGUACAUUUCCCGGGAAGAGACGUUCCACAUGCUGAAGAACAGCCUGAUCAGACAGCCCACAGAGGAGGACCCAGACGAGGGCAUCAAAGACCUGGUGGUGAUCACGCUCAAGAAGAUGGACCAUGACAGCAGACUGUCCUAUGCAGACUUUGAAAAGGCAGUGAGAGAUGAAAAUCUAUUGCUUGAGGCUUUUGGAACCUGCCUUCACGAUGCCAAGAGCAUAUUGGCAUUUGAGCAGCAUGCAUUCCAGGAUCCACUUGAGCGUUAAGGACAUCACUAAGUUAUUCAUUUUCAUAACACCAUUUUUUAUUUUUUUUUAUAAACAAAAAUCGUCUUAUACACUGAUGGGAAAUGUAGAAAUAAAACAUGUUGAGAAAAUA